AUGAAGUUUUUCGCGUUGUUUCUGGCAGUUGUCCUUGGAGAAGAAGUUUGUAAAUUUAAUGGGAUCCGACGAAGAAGAAGAGGAUACAGAGCGAUUGAUUAUGGACUCGGCACGGAUUUGAAUAUUGUUUUACUGAGAAUUGAAGAGGACUCAUUAACAAAGCUUGAUCAAUCGACGACUGAUCAUUUGAAGAUACUUUACGGCGUCGAUGAAGAUUAUGAGACAGUGGUUACUGUCGGGAAACCCAUGAAUGCGAAAUAUUUGUGCUGCGACGAGAGCAUCAUUCAUGUUGACAUGAUUCAAGCUUGUCAGGUUCUUGAUUUCCGGACAGCGGAGGUCCCGGAUUCUCCAGUGACAGAUCACGAUGUUCAAGUCGGCGAGGAGGAGAUCUUGAUGGAAGACAUCGACUUCAAAAACUCAACGACAACUUCACCUGGAAAUUCAAGCGAAUCAUUCGACGUCCCUGAAGCUGUAGUCGACUCUGCUCUUAUCACCAUCAUCUCUCCCUUCUUCAACGCUUCUGGCUACAUCAUCAUUCUCGUUGGCUUCAUUCUCGGAGUCAUCCUCACCCUUGUCUGCGUCAAAUGCUGCUGUGAUGGUUACGAAAGAGAGCCGGAAAUUAAAGAGGACGAAAUAAACUCGCUUUUGCUCAGGGGAGGAAUAAGAGGAGGUUCAUUUGACUAUCGAAAAUCGCUCAAUGGGACGCUUGAUAGAGCGAAUACUCUUACUGCAUGA